AGAAAACAAAGCAUCGUAGGAGUAACGGAGUAACCGACCAUCUAGCUCUCUGCUCUGCCCUUCGCUGUAUAGCAUCGUUGGUUAUGGCAGUUGGAGCAUCGUUGCGCUGCGUUUAAGAUUGUUUUGGCUCGAGGAUAUUUGCAACGGAAUUGCGCGAAUGUUUUAAGUGCAUGGAUUUGACUUUCCGUUGAUGUCGAGGAUAUUCGAGGAUCGUUGAGCGGAGAAAUCGAGGCAGCUCGGAUUUUGAGCAUAAACAGAGGUGACGCUCACGGAACAGCGAGAACCAACGAUGGAUGCGAAUCAACAGCAGCAGACCUCGACUGCCGACAGCUGGUGCCAGACUCACGUGAACGUCGUCGAGACGAACUUCAUGUGGACCAUCAGCAACUUCAGCUUCUGCAACGAGAAGCCGGCCGAGGCACUCGAGUCGACGACCUUCUCGGCGGACUCGUGCGACUCGCUCAAGUGGCGCAUGCAGUUCUACCCGAGCGGCAACAACCAGGAGAACAAGGACUACGUCUCGCUGUUCCUGCACCUGGUGAGCUGCGACAAGCCGGCGGUGAAGGUCGACUUUCGCUUCUGCAUUCUGGACAAGGACGGCCGCGAGGUGAACGAGCGCAAGACCACCGAGAAGUGGCAGUUCUACCAGGGCCGCCAGUCGGGCUUCCCCAAGUUCGUCAAGCGCGACAUCGUCCUCGACCCGGCGAGCGGCCUCCUCCUGGCCGACCAGCUGCGCGUCAUGUGUCGCAUCAAGUCGGCCACGGGCCGCGUCGAGCGCACGAGCCAGGAGGCGCUGCAGCUGGAGGGACCCCGAGGGCCCGACCUCCUCUCCAAGAUGUCGCUCGACUUCGAGCAGCUCAUCGAGCUCGAGCGCUUCAGCGACGUGUGCCUCAUCGUCGUCGACGAGGCCGUCCGGCUGCCCGCGCACCGGAACGUCCUGGCCGCCCGGAGCCCGGUCUUCGCGGCCAUGUUCGAGCACGACAUGCGCGAGAGCCAGGACGGCACCGUGCAAAUCUACGACUUCGACGCGGAAACCAUCCGGGCGAUGCUGCGCUACAUCUACACCGGCAGGCUCGACGACAUCGAGCUCCGGGCCGACAAGCUCCUCGGGGCCGCCGACAAGUACGCCCUGGACGGACUCAAGUUCGCGUGCGAGCAGACGCUCUGCGCCCAGCUGAGCGUCCCGGCUGCGGCCGAGUAUCUGGUGGUGGCCGAACUGCACAGCGCCUACAGGCUCAAGGCCAAGGCUCUGAGCUUCGUCAGGGCCAACCUCAAGCAGGUCAUCGACACGCCGGGCUUCAAGAGCCUCGGCAGCUCCCAGCCCUGCUUGCUCGAGGAGAUUCUCAGGUCCAUGACUGAGCGCUGAGUCUGCUGUUCCAACUUUAACCGUCGUUGCUUAGGUUUAGGAUCGAGAUUUGGUUUAUUUUUAUUUUUACACCGCCUCCAAGAGUCGCGUUUGUGCGUUUAUUGUAAUUUUAAGCUCUUCGGAAUAAGUGACGCAGUUUUAUGAGGCUGUGCGCGAAAGUACUGUCCAAAGGAAAACGAGCUACGAGGUCUACACCGAGUCUAGCGAUAUUUUAUAAAAAUUUUAUCGCCAAAAAAUUUUUCAUAAAGCUAUCGCUGCUCGUCGUACUUUUUGCAGGUUUGAAGAGGGACUUUGUUGUGCCGUGAGCAGCACCAGUGGUCCUCUCGUCGUCGUUUUUCUUUCGAAAUGUAGAAUAGGAUGAUAAGUUGGACUGUCUUGUGAAAUCUGUAACGUCCUUUUCGACGAAAACUUAAAAAAUGACUGAUGCUAAUUUAGACUAAUCAAAGAGAUGUAAAAUUUAGGUUUAACGAUAAAAUAUUCGAGAAGUUAGUUUUAUAUCGAAGCAAUAAUUUUAUUCGCAACGGACGUUUGUAGUUUGAAAUUCGAACAAAGUAAUCUCAGAAUCUUAUUUUAAAUGUUGACGCUUAGAAAAAGUUCUUUUAAUCGAAUAUAUUCUCCUUGCCAGAUUCAAUAGCCAAUAGCUGUACCUGUAGUAAACAGUUCAAACUAUGAUAAGAGUACUAGGACGUAAUUGUUAAGUAAUUAGAACGUAUUUCAUUGUAUAUUUUUGAAAAACUCGCCGAGCUUUCACUCGCGUAUCGUAUACCAAACAUUAGCUAUCUAAGGAUUAUAGUGAUAAGUUUCUUUUUAAAAUAUCAAAAAUGGGUCACGCGCCUCUAUUUUUCUAAUAAACGAUCGACAUUCGUACAUCGCAACCAAAAAG